GCAAUGUUCUAAAAUGUCAGGUCAUCCUGGCGCAGGUCAACCUGACUCUAUAUAAAAGAAAUGUUGGGAGCAAUUAUCAUUGGAGCAAUUAUCAGUAUUUCUUGAAGGCACACAACGUCUGGGAGCAUGAUAAGCUUAAUUAUUGCGAGCAUCGUAGCCGUAACCUUCGCCCAGGAAUGCGGGCGGACGAGUUUCUCCCAAACGCCAAACUACGCAAUGCAGAUGAUUGUGGGAGGACAGAUUGCCAAAGAAGGGGAUUUCCCAUGGCAGGUGGGGCUGGUUGAAAAUGGAUACCUGAUAUGUGGCGGUACGUAUGUGAUCGGAACAGGAGGAGUGGUCAAGGUCAUUACUGCCGCCCACUGUCUUUCGGGCAAGAACCCCAAUCCCAACAACUACCAGGUCGUGUUCGGCAUGCACCAAACCAACGUUGUCGGCACCCGGCUCAUUGUUAGAGCAGUGACCAUCAACGUUCACCAGCAAUACAACUCGAACACUAUGAGCAAUGAUAUCGCCGUUAUCGCUUUUGGCAGCCUGAUGCCCUCCGGACUUCCCGUCAACACGUUCCCGGCCUGCCGACCAUCACGCACAUAUAAUCACAACGAGGAUUCGGUCGUGUCCGGAUGGGGAACCACAUCCGAAGGCGGCUCGUCCUCCACCUCUCUCCGGUAUGUUUGGAAGCCUCUCCUAAGUCUGGCAGCAUGCGAAAACACCGGAAAUAAAGGCAGCCUGGACGCCACCAUGUUGUGCGCCGGGGCAACUGGCAAAGACGCCUGCCAGGGUGACUCUGGUGGUCCUUUGGUUGCUCCCAGAAACGGUGUAUGGGAACUCGUUGGUGUGGUGAGCUGGGGAUUCGGGUGCGGCCGUGCCAACUAUCCGGGCGUAUACGCAGACACCUAUUACUUUACAUCUUGGCUCAACAGCACUCUGUAGACGGUCUCGUGUUUUAUUAUCCGGAUGAAUAACUAGAUAUACGACAGCAUUCCGCGCUUACUUUUCAUUUUCCCGUGCAGUUGUUUUCUUUUUGGAACAAUUGCUAAAACUGACAUGCAUGUUUGAUGAAAGGCUUAAGCUGCAGUGACAACAUAUCCUACAAUAUUUUUUUCAGCUCAAGUUUCGUUUUGAAUCGGGAAUUUUAUUUAUUUAUUCAUUUAAAUGUAUGCUUCAUUUCAAUCAUAACACAUGGUGUUUUUUAUUCAAUUCAAUUCUUGUUCGAAAGAUUCAUUUAACAGGGACAACACAUAGUUAAACAAGUAUUAUGUAUUUUUAUGUUUUUGUUUCGUCAUGUUCGUGCAAUUUAAAAGGUUUGAAAUUAUACUUCAACAUUUUAAAGUUUUUAAAUUAACCGGUUUUUUAACCGGAUACAAUAAUAGGCCCGGGGGGGGGGGGGGGUAACUUCCUAUAUUCGGGUGUAUAGGGGUGUGCCGAUUUUAUUGGAUGUGUUUUUCGACUAAAAUUAUAGAAAUGGGUAUGGUUUUGAGCAUCUAAGUAUAGAUAUGGGUAUUAAAAUCAGAAAUUUGCUUGUAUAUAAAUGCAUAUAGAUUUGAAAGUAUCAGUAUCAAAAUGGGUAUGAUAAAUGUCAUUCUUCUAUAUAAAUGGGUAUCAAAAAGUAAAUUUUAGUAGCGGGAAAGAUGCAGAAACUUGACUGUUUUUAUCUGUUGCUUGAUCGACCAAGAUGAUACUGUGACGUCAUAUAUUAACAUACGUCAUAUAUUAAGUGACGAAAUCGUUACAUAAUCUAAAAGUGACUGGAAAAGUACAAACGAUUUAUGAAAAUUGUGUCGGAAUUAGACGACUGUCAAAAUAACCGACUUUACGCUACAUGUGUACACGGAAUUACACUCUGUCAUUCCCGGCUGUCAUUGUGACAUCUUGGAUAAUAAUAUAUGUUUUGUAGAAAAUUUUGAUUAUGUGUGGAAUCAAGAAAUCGUUAUCACAGGCUUUGAAAGCAAAUUAAGAAAACAUAUUUAAUUUCCGGCCAUACUUAAAUAUAGGAUUUUAUUAAAAGCUCUUAUUAAAAAUCUGUUUUCGUAGACAGUAAAGAUAUAUCUAUAGCUCAACUAAGGGUCCAGUUUAUCAAAAUUCUUGUAUUGAAAUGGGUCCACUUUCUCAAUGGUAUCGUAUACAAAUGGGUAUGCUUUUUCAAAAAUCUUAUAUCAAAAUGGGUCUACUUUAUCAGAGUUCCGGUAUAAAAAUGGGUCACAUUUCGUAAGUCUCAGCGGGACACCCAUACCCUAAAAUUUGGGAAGUUACCCCUCCCCCCGGGAUAAUAGGUUAACCUGUUAAUAUUUUAGUAACGAGAUGCAUCUCUAGUUUCUAUGCCAUCUUAACACAUCGUUUUUAAAAUAUAAUAAUACUUCUGACCAGAUUGGAAAAUACUAAAUGUGGAUUGGGCAAAAUGCGUACAUGACACACCUGUUUUUGGUCCGAUUUUAUAAAUACACACAAGAGACCUAAAUGAUACAAUACCAAAAAAAAAACGACUAGACGAAAGCACGUUUAGCCAA